CGCGAGCGUCAGUCAAACUUCAACUCCUGUCAUGUGUUGAUAAACUUGCUAAUGUUUAACUUCUGGAAAAGCAAAUCUGCAGAUGUCGAAAUCGCUUCUUCCACGAGGCAAACACAGAACAAACCUCACAGAGUUAUUAGUUUAAUAAUCUCUAUUUGUUUCUCACCUGGAUGUAAAGUUUUUGGUGCAGGAUGGCCGCGCUGCGUGCAGCAAAACAAGCUCUGAGGAGAGAAAUAAAGCGACGGGUUGCAGCUCUGAGCGACGAGGAGAAGCAGCGACAGUCUCUCGCGCUCUCCCAGCAACUGUUCAGACACCCAAAGUAUGAGUCCUGUCAGAGGAUCGCGGUGUUUCUCAGCAUGCACGACGAGGUGCGCACCGAGGAGAUCAUCAAAGACGCGUUUACGCGAGGAAAAAGCUGCUUCAUCCCCAGAUAUGAGACGAGCAGGGGCAACCACAUGGACAUGCUGCAGCUGCACAGUCUGCAGGACAUGCAGACGCUGCCUCUGACGGCCUGGAACAUCAGACAGCCUGCAGAGGAGGACACCAGCAGGGAGGAAGCGCUGUCAGCUGGAGGCCUGGACCUGAUCCUGAUGCCCGGGCUGGGGUUUGACCGGCAGGGGAACCGGCUGGGACGAGGAAAGGGUUUUUAUGACACCUACUUGGAGCGAUGCAUGAGACACCCCAAAGGAAAGCCCUACACCAUCGCUCUGGCCUUCAAGGAGCAGCUGUGUGAGGAGAUCCCGGUCGACGACAACGACGUGCUCAUAGAUGAAGUCCUGUUUGAAGGAGCUGAGUAAAUAAUCCUUCAGCUGUGGUGCUCCGUGAACUCCAAACUGGCUAUAAAGUCAGCCAAUAUUUUAAUCUGUCCAUAAUUUACAUUUAACAUCAAUAAAAUAUUUUUCAAGGCAGAUAUUUUGGCUUGUUGUGGUGGGAACAGCACAGAUGGACAGUAAUGAUGGCCCUAAUUAACUCCACCUGUGGUGAUACUGCUGUUGUCACAGCAUCCUCUGGCAGGUUAACCCUUCAAAACCUAAAGCGAAUCGGAUUCAUUUCCAUCAAAAACAUGGGGGGUAAGGCAGGGUUAACAAGAAAUGAAGCAAAAUGUAGUAACAAAUUAGUAAGAAGUUACAAGGAAAAUA